UUGAUAAUGAUAAUGGUAAAUUCAUAAUAAAUAACUUAUCCGCAAAAAUAAAGUGAAUUUGGUAUUGCAAACUGUAACUUCCGUAGUUUGGAGUAUAAUAUAUGCUUAUCCAUCGCUCUAAGAAACGUCAUUGAUAAACACGACCCGGAAAUCUUCAAAAUUCUUAAUAAGCAAUUUGGUCACGUAUUUUCAAUUAUUCUACAUACGUGACGCCCUCAUACAAGUUUGAAUCGUGCGUCAACAUGGUUUGUGUGCCUUGCUUCAUUAUCCCUGUGCUGCUGCUCAUCUGGCAUAGAUUUAUCCAGCCAUACGUGCUUCGUUUCUGGAAUCCUUGGGCAGUCAAGGACGCGGACGGCAACGUAGUGAAGACGGAAGCCCCGUUCAGUUGUGAAGGAGGAGUUUGUAUGUUUGGAAAGAAGAAGUUGGAAAACAAAGCAGAUGAAGAUAAGGGCAGCGAAGCGUCAAAAGACGACAAAGAAAAGUGUAAUGAGCGUAUAAAAGCAGAAUAGUUUGUUGAUGUUUCCAUUGUUUCUUAAUAUAUGUUGUUUUGUUAGUUUAUGCACUUGGCAUUUACCUUGUAACUGUACAUACUCUGUAGAAUCGAUCGCAAUAUUCGCUUUUCCACUCUCUUUUCUGUGCUUAACGAUCCACACUCUCCUGAGUACCUCAAAUCCUUAUUUCAAUACUACGGCAUUUCUCGCGACCGCCAACUUCGCUCUUCUGGCAAUAUGUCUGUCCAUCCCUCUUCACCGAACCGGGUUCAUGUUCACUGUGCCUUUGGAACGGACUUCCUUUUAACAUAAAAAAUGCGCCAAAUAAGUCCACGUUCAAAAAAUCCUUACGUGCUUUCUAUGCCAGCGGAAUGAAAGUUUCUUAGUAUAUUUUUAUUAGUUUCAUAAUGAGUCUCGUCGUUAUUUAUAUAUAGUAUAUAUGUAUAUUAUAUUUGUAUAUAUGUAAUUAUAUGUCAUUUUUAUUUUAUUUUUGCUGUCGUAUUUGUAGCACUGCCCACAAUCUCUCUGCUUAACCUUAAGGUUGACUGGUAGAGAAUGCCUUAUGGCAUUAAGUCCACCUUUUGUACUGUAAGGUUUUUCUUUUGUGCAAUAAAGAUUAAAUAAAUAAAUAAAUACUGUAUACCUA